UCGAUUUUUAAAUUAAAGAUAAAAACAGUCAUCGUGACAUAGUUAACAGGAUGCAUAUUAAAAAUAAAGAAACUGGCCUUAAAAGUCAAAACAAUGAUGGUACCUAUUGUAUUCAAAACAAUCCGUUUCUUUUUAAGAAUAGAAGAUUCAAGAAAGAAUCAUGCUUUAUGUUAACUCACAUAGAGUUUUCUUCUUAACUAUUUAUUUAUAACACGCUAUAAAUGGUUUUGAUCCUUUUUAUUCAUCGGUCAUCCCUGACCGCGAUCAUAUAAAAGCAUCGAUUAUAUAUGUAUUAUUUACUUUUAUGUCUAACCCUCCUUUUGGAAAUCCCCUCUACAAUGAGGAAGAUGACUUCUCUUUCCCAUAUCAACCACCAAGUGAUGAUCCCAUUAAUUUUCCACCACUUAUUGAAGAUCAAAAUACUUUGCCUAAUACAUCAUCAUUACCCAUGUCAGAGUAUCAAGAUUUAAGCAUAUUUCUUGGUGAAGAUCAUUUAGAAGAUUAUACACUAAUAGAACAAUAUGGUCCCAACACACAGGACCCAAUUAAUUGGGUUAGUCCAAUUGAACAGGUUGGUCUUGAACAUGUACAGCAGGGUACAACAGCAGAGGGCUCAUCUCAGGGGCAUCAUGAGUUGCAAUACUACUGUCCCACCACGACGACAACGAUGAUGACAACGACAACGACAACGAUGAUUGAUGAUCAAACUGCUGCCCCUGCAGAUGGGGGUGUUAGAGAAGGAUCGUCUAGUAAGAAACUUGAUCACAAUGCUAAGGAAAAAGUAAGGAGGAUGAAGCUUAAUGAAACAUUUUUGGCACUUCGUUCUUUGCUCCCAGAUUCUAGAAGAGCUAAGAAGAGGUGGAGUGGACCAUAUAUAAUUGAUAGAGCCCUCGAUUAUGUCCCUCAGCUUCAAGCUGAGAUAGAGAAGCUAACACUCGAGAAGAGCAACAUGCUAUCAGUACUAGGGAAGAAGCAACAACUUGUCGUAGGUAGCAGUGAUGUUCGUGAUGCAAACAAAGAUAAAAAGACACUAACAGUCUCGAUGAAUGAAGUAAAAAGCGGUGAAGUGAUAGUACAAAUAUGUGAACAGAACAACAAAGUUGGUAUCUUGUCCACUUUGAUUGAGAAAUUAGAAGGUCAAGGCAUCCAUGUCCUAGGUGCCUCUUCACAACGUGCUUGUGAAAACAGAUCCUGCUUCCAUCUUCAUGUUCAAAUGGGAGAAAGCCCAGUUGAAGCUGAUUAUGUUGCAGUCUUACAUAAGAAGAUAAUUUCCUGGUUGUCCUAGAAUAGAGAAAGAAAUGCUUCAUUUGAAGACUGAUUUAUGAUUUACUAAUUACAAAAUUGAAGCCUGCCUCCUAUUUUUCAUAAAGGAGAAGAAUGAUGCAAUUUUUUAGAAGACAAACUACAGGACAUUUGAAAAUCGCAAGAAGAAUUACAUCCUCGUAUAUAUGUGCACGCAAUUUUUAUGCUUCAUUCAUAUACUUGUAGUUAAUUAUGAUUUCAUUAUAUGUAUACUCUGAGGGAUUGUUUCUUAUAGGCGAGAAUUUAUCAUUAGAAUAGGAUGAUUUUUCCAACAAUUAGCAGUUCUAUGGAAUAGUAUUGUAUCUUUGCUUGUAUUGUUUGCUUACUGUGAAGUUGUAGAGUAUCAAAACCUUAUGUGCACAAUUAAUUUAGAGAAAUGGUGCAAGCUGAAGAUUGUUGUUGAGUAUC